CGGCGCGUGUUUACUAACAUGCGCGUGCGCUGCUCCCUCGACUGCAGUCUUGCGCCGACGAUGCUGCCGCUACUGCUGCUGCUCGGGGCAGCCAGUGCAGAGCCCCCCAAAACUCUCCAAAAGCCAAUAGACCAUUGCCCCAGCGUCGGCUACUUCUUCGAGCGGCAGGAUCUCCACAACUACCCUGGCACAUGCUACCUUUGCUACUGCAAGGAUGAUGGCGAGGCUGUUUGUACCAUCAGGGAUAGCGAGCGCUGUGACCACAACGAGUCUAGUGUGGAGAAUACCGAUUUUGGAGACUGGAAUGGAGGAGAAAAGGCAGAAAAGAAUAAACGCAGGGAUAGCGAGCGCUGUGACCACAACGAGUCUAGUGUGGAAAAGACCGAUUUUGGAGACUGGAAUGUAGAAGAAACGGCAGAAAAGACAGAAAAGAAUAAACGCAGAAGAUACCGGCGAGGGUUAAUGGAGAUAUUCUUCGACAAGGGCCAGAAAGAAGUAAUGAUGAAGAGUAUGACGCAAGCGAGCGCCGAAGAGUGCAAGCCAAAAUCAAGCAAGAGUAUAGGAUGUCCACCAAAGGACUGGUGCACAGGAUGUUUAGUUUGCGACUGCGAUGACAAUGGCGAAUGGCAGUGUCAUGUCAUGAGCUUCUGCGAAGAUAAAACUCCACGUCCAAAAGCUAAGGUAACCACAAUGAAAGCUAUAUCGAAAAAGAAAAACGACAAAAGAUCUGAUGUUAAACACAAGAAAAAACCUAAACCUAAAACAACCACGACAAGCACGACUACAACGACUAGCACGACAACAAUUAAGCCAAAAAUUGCUGUAAAGACGCUAAGGAAGCUUAUACGCAAAGACCAAAUAUAUAAUAAUACUCCAGUUGUAGUCAUUAAGAAAUAUAUAUCAACUAUAUCUCCAAUAAACUCCGAAGUUUUGCAACAGUUUAGAGAUAACCCUCAGAAAUUGGCACAGAUACUGUACCAGCAAUAUGAAGCAGCUACUAAAACACCAGGCAAUCCCCAACGUAGGAAACGUGAAAUCAAACUGGAGAAGAUACUGAACAAUAAACAGAAAAGGCAUUUCGAACUAAAAUAUAACGCUAAAGGUAGAAAACCAAUGAACAUCAAAGGACACAACGACUGGAACAUAAAAAUGAGGUCAAGGAAAAUAGAGCGAGACCACAUGAAAACUUUCACUAACACUAACAGUUUUUAUUCUAAACAGAACGAACUGCUGACUCCGGAUGAAAGGAAACGCAUAAAAAAGGCACAUCGUGUUAAUAAAAAUAAAAAGCAUGAUAAUGGUAGUUACAAAAACAAAGAAACACUUAUUCUUAUUCCUAGAAUGAGAAGGAAUAAGAGGAAUGUUCUGCCACUCUUCGAGGUUCCUACUAAUUCAACAAACAUGGCAAAUGACACGGUGAACAUCUCUAUAGUAAACGAUGACCAAGUUGAGGCAUUGACGAGUGUGAUUGGAUUAAAUGAAAACAUUCCAUCUGACCUAAACAACUAUAGAUAUACUGUUGAUAAUAUUGUUACGAAAAAAUACGACGAUGAAGUGAAAAACAGUGGUAUUGUUUACGAAUCAACGAUAAAGUAUGUAGACAUAAUCACAAAUAAUUAUUAUGAUAUGGACACCGGAGAUAUUACAGCUACGGCCACGCCUAAUUAUAAGAAUAUAGAAGUAGAAACCACAACUCAGCAAAUGAACUACGACUUGACAUCAGUAGAUUUGAAUAAUUAUACUAUCAACGAAACAACAACUCAAGUUAAUCAGUUAGAUUUAGAAAAUAACCAAGCUUUGGAAACGACUACUUAUAUCGAUUAUUCUUCCGGUAGUAAUGUUUCUACUGACAAAGAAUUCAUAACCGAUUACACAAAUUUGGAAACAACUACUGUUAUCGAAAAUAAUCUAGAAAUUAACAAUACAGAUAAUAAAAUAAAUAACAACACUGAAAACCUUAGGAAUGUGACAGAAAACAUUAUUAAGAAAGGUUAUAUUACAGAUAUAGACAAAAUUAUAAAAGAUCUUAAGAAAUAUACAUUAGACAAAUGGAAAAAAUACAAUAAAACAAAUGAACUUUAUGUGAAUCUGUACCCAGCUAAGCCAAAUACCUCAGUCAGCAGAACAUUCAAAUCAAGUACAGUCGAUUUUCAAAAAAUGUUGCAAAAUAUUUCUCGUAACAGAAUUAACACAACAAAAAAUAAUUCAAUACAAAAUCGCAUGUUAGCUAUACAAUAUUUGAAAAAAUUAUAUAGUCAAUUACUGUCAACAAAAAAUAAUAGAUCACAGCUCAACAACAUUGCUGUCAUGGAGUCGAUAUGUGAUACUUUUGGGCCCUGCAAAAUUAGCACUAAUAAAAUGGAAGUAUUGAAUUAUAAAAUUACUGAACUUAUAUUAGAAACUAAAAAAGCUUUGAACGUUAUAAGAAUUAUCAAAGGUAUUUUGCAAUCACUUAAUGAUGAAGGAAAUAGCACUGACAGACAUAUGAACGACGAGGCGGCAUUCAAGAGUUAUGUAAAAAAAUUAAAUGCAGUAUUAACAGAUAGUUAUAAAAACCCACUAACAGAAACUGAAAUGACGCAGAUAAAUUUUCUUAAAAAUAAUACAAAAAUAUUCGUAAAUUCAAUUGGAAAGUUUGCUUUUAUUCUAAAUGAUAUUUUAGGAAUAAUACAUACAGAGAGAAUAAAAUUCAAUAAUCUACGAAAACGCAAAAUUUUAAUCAAGAGAGUUACCAGACAUAGAGUGAGUGAACCAUUACAUAAAAUAAAAACACUUUUCUUGAAAUUUAACGUGCUACAGAACUCAUUUAUGCGAAACAUGUAUCAAGCAAUAUCUGAUCUGGAAAAACAAAAUGAGCAAAAUGCAUUACUUUACGAAAAAAACGUAAAUUAUCAGCGCGAUACAAGAAUCAAAAAGUCUGUUGACAGGUAUAUGAAUAAAAUCAAUUACAAUCUGGAAAAGUUGAAGGUUUUAGCCCUAAAGAUGGGCGCAAAGGGAAGAAUAAAGAGAGAUCUUAUGGACAAUGAUCAGGCUGUGGAAUAUCUGCUGACACUGAUGGAGUAUUUGUUGAAACACAAUAAUCCAGUAAAUUCUCCUCCAGUAACAGAUGGAAUAGACUUGCUAAUAGAUGCGAUUAAACGAGCCCCGGACAUAAAGCUGAUUAAGAAACAUAAUAAUAUGUCUGUAAUGCCCUCAUUUCCCAAGGUUAAAUCAGCAACUAAAACAAGCAGCGAAUCCGAAGAUGACAAUUCAAAUAGCAAAAGUUCAAAUGAAGAUUUUAAAGAUAAUUCGACUUUUGCUAAACAAUAUUUUAAUGACACACGAAUAAUGACGCCAAAUAACGAAGAGCCAUAUGACUAUAGAAAAAAGACUACAGAUGCAUCUGCAGGCAUAAUGACAUCAACAACUACAAAAUAUGUUGACGUUGAAGAUAUGGUUUUUAAUGGGAAUGAAAUUCCAAAAGUGUAUAUAGCUACGGUCCCUACUUAUGAAAACAUUGAUGAUGGUGACAUUGAAAAAGAAGAAAGAAAACCAACUGUUCACAAAUCAGAAAUAAAAACGAAAUCAGAAAUAGAAAUAAAACCGAACAAAUCAGCCAAGAAUGUGGAAGAACCAUCUGUCGCGACAAAAAGAUCUAUUUUUGAUACGGAUGAUAAAAAAGAUAAUAGCACUACAGCCACAGAAACCCCAAUUAUGACUCAAUUUGAUAGACUGAAUGAAGAAUACGAAAAACAGAUAAAAGGAAAAGCUCCGUCGCCGAAGAAUCUCAAGUCGAGGCGCAAGAAAAAUAAACGUCUACGAAAGAAAACGAAAGUUGAGAAUAAAAGCGAUGUUAGUACCAUUACGAAAGAAGUAGACGAAGAGAAAACUAAAAGGAAAGUUAUAGUAGAAGAAAGCUUACUACCGAAACCCAUUGGCGCUUCUACAGAGGACGAUCCUUUUCAGAUGGAUGAUGAAAGUCUCUUAAGAGACGUAACGCAGUUAAAUUCAAUGCAUAAUGAGGUUUUUCCUAGUUAUUUUAAUACUUAA